CGCCGAGCCGCCCGCCCGCCCGGCCGCAGCAUGUCCAAGCCCAGCGACCACAUCAAGCGCCCCAUGAACGCCUUCAUGGUGUGGUCCCGAGGCCAGCGGCGCAAGAUGGCCCAGGAGAACCCCAAAAUGCACAACUCGGAGAUUAGCAAGCGGCUGGGCGCGGAGUGGAAGCUGCUCUCCGAGGCGGAGAAGCGGCCCUACAUCGACGAGGCCAAGCGGCUGCGGGCGCAGCACAUGAAGGAGCAUCCCGACUACAAGUACAGACCCCGGCGCAAGCCCAAGAACCUGCUGAAAAAGGACAGCCAGUUCAGCUCCAGCGCCAUUCAGAAGAUGACUGAGGUUCCUCACACCUUAGCCACCAGCACCCUGCCCUACGCCUCCACCUUGGGAUACCAGAACGGGGCGUUUGGCAGCUUGAGCUGCCCCAGCCAACACACCCACACUCACCCCUCGCCAACCAACCCGGGCUAUGUCGUGCCAUGUAACUGUACCGCUUGGUCGGCUUCCAGUUUGCAACCUCCAGUUGCCUACAUAUUAUUCCCAGGCAUGACCAAGACUGGGAUAGACCCCUAUUCUUCAGCACACGCGACUGCCAUGUAACACCCACCCACACCCCCACAGGCGUGUGUGUGCGUGUGUCCCCUUCCCCGGGUGGCAGCCGGAACUGGGAUUCCUUCGUGUGCAUGUACAUAAAACCUGCAGGAGCAAAAAGGCCACCCGAAACAGGACACUGCUGGCCACCAACCGGCCGGGACAGACGCGGACGCUGCCUCGGGGACUCGGAGAUGCUCUCGCCUAAACCUCGCCCUGAGAGCUGGCCCCAGGCUCGGGGGGGAUCUGCAAUGGCGGGGUCAGAUAGGAGCCCAGCACUUGUAAGAGUUGUAAAUGUGUUUUAAAAAAACAAAACAAAACAAAACAACAAAACCCAAGCGAACCUUGAACUGCCCUUUCGGGACAAAGCGGGGAGGGAGGGGGAGAAAAAGGAGAAAAAAGGAAAAAAAUAACCAACAACCAAGAGAGAGAGAGGCAGUUUCGAUUUUUAUUUAUUCUCUUAAUGUAUAUGAGUUCUCCAGGGUUUCAUGUCACUUGGACUUGACUUUGGGAAGUCCCGGUCUUACUAUGAUUUUUAUUUUUUAUUUGGUUUUGUUUUCCUUUUGCACAUUGAAAGAUGAGAUCAGCUGUGUUAUAUAUAUAAAUAUAUAUAUAUAUUUUGCCACCACGCACUACUAGGUAAAAUUGCUUUUCAUGUCAGAAAAAAAAGCUCUUCAAAGUUAAAAAAAAAAGACAAAAAAAAAAAGAGGGGGAGAAACAUUUAUAUUUAAAACAUAUGAUAGUGUUUGCUUAAUUUAAAACAGAUAGUCCUUAAAUUUGUGUGAUCCAGUGAGACUAGAUCUAAGUUUACUUUAGACAGAGCGUCAGGUAUGAAGUCAGGCAGUAGAAUUGUAAAAAAUUAAUAAUACUAAUAAUACUACUACUAAUAACGAAAAGCCGAAUAAAAACCGAUGGUAAUUUAAAUAUGUUUUCACGAUGUCUUGGGAAGAAGAGGAAAAAUUAAUAAUAAUAAUAAUAAUAAUGAUAAUAUGUAUCCGGCAGGAUUUUACCUCGUUAAACCUUUUCAUUUGUUGAACAAAGACGUUUUGA